UAAAAAUAUAUUUUUUUGAACAUUUUCUACUAUUACUACUACUGUCCCAUUUUUCUUUCUUUUCACUUCUGUAGUCUUCUUUGGCUGUGCCUCUUCUGCCUUAGCUUAUUUUACCACUGUUUUCUAAAAAAACCUCUAAUGGCACAGAUUUUUCUCUUAUUAACUCUACUCAUAUGUUAAGCUUUUCACUAUUUUCUAGUAUUUUUUAUCUGAGUUUCUAAUAAUUUAUUUCAAAUUAGUUUUUUUAAUUUAAUUCCUAUUAUUAUUAGUGACAAAAUAAUCUUUAUGUUCCAAUAGUUUCAAGAACUAUUGUAUCCUUUAAUACAAAAAGACCCUUUUGUGUAUUCGGAUUAAGGAUGAAAAUGGUGGCUGUUUCUUGAAAAAUCAUAUUCAUUUUGGAUACUGGAGAAGAUAAAGUUGUCAUCUCUAUUGUUCUUAUUUGUGCCGGGAUCCUCUUCAACAGAGCAGUUCCAAUGAGCCGUGAGCUGAACUACUGCAUGAAUUUUCACCAGCAAAGGUUUCUUAUUUGGAAAAUGGGCAGAGGAAGAGGAAAGGCAAAGAAGCAAUCUGUUCGUGAGGAUCUUGUGAGUGGUGAAGAAGAGAAGAUACCGGUGAGGAGAAGGGGUAGACCACAGAAACCGAAGGAUGAAAUAGAGGAGGAAGGAGUUGAGAAGGUAGUGGAGGAUGGAGAUGACAGCGAGAAUACAAAAGGUUCCGUCUUGGAUAAUGAUAUCAAGAACCAAGUAGCCGAAGAUGGAAAGAAGAGGAAGAGGCCUUCUCAAGACGUGGAAACUAAGGAUUCUGUGAAGGAGGAAAAUGCAGUUGAAACUAAAAUUAACUCUAAUGACUUAAUAAAGUCAGUUGGAUUCAGACCGAAUGGUAGCAGAAGGAAAAACAAGCCUAGACGUGCUGCUGAAGUUGGUGUUGAGUGCAGAUGAAGGGUCCGCUUUGUGAUUGAGAACCGACUUUACGCUUAUUUAUAUGUGCUUAUCUAUUUCGGUCCUGUUAUAAUUUCUUCUUUUUGGAAAUUUCAACUUAAAUUUUGUGAAGAUUUCUGCAGCAAGUUUAGUUUCGCUGAAUGUAUUGCUGCUAAAUCUCUUUUUGCAUGUUUCAUCAAAUAUCCAGAAUGAUAUUUUCCUUUA